CAAACUCGCACUUCCGGUUCUGCGUGGAGAGUUGGAAUACAACUUUGUUCUACGUGUACAAAACAAUAUUUGAUCGGUAUAAAACAUUGGAGUGCUUGGACCGAAAGUGGAAUAAGUAAUAGCAAUCAUGUCGAAUAGCCUGUCAUAUAAUGACCAGGGUGGACCGGACACCGGUGUCGAAAUUGGGCUGGAUACUCAGACGUCGCCCGCCGCUGGAGCCUUCGGCCUGUUUAGCACAGACUUCAAGAAGAACGAUGACCUGAAAGAGAUGUUGGAAAGCAACAAAGAGUCUGUGAAGCUGGACGCAAUGAAAAGAAUUGUUGAGCUCAUUGCCAAGGGCAAGAACGUUCCAGAAUUAUUCCCAUCUGUGGUGAAGAAUGUGGCAAGUAAAAACAUAGAGCUGAAGAAGCUGGUGUAUGUGUACCUGGUGCGCUAUGCAGAGGAGCAGCAGGAUUUGGCUCUUCUGUCCAUCAGUACUUUUCAGCGUGCUUUGAAGGACUCCAACCAGUUGAUCCGGGCGAGUGCCCUGCGGGUGCUGUCCAGUAUUCGAGUGCCCAUCAUUGUGCCCAUCAUGAUGCUGGCCAUACAGGAGGCCGCGACUGACCUCUCCCCCUACGUCAGGAAGACUGCCGCCCACGCCAUCCAGAAGCUCUACAGUAUGGACCCUGAGAAGAAAGAGCAGCUGAUUGACGUUAUUGAGAAGCUUCUGAAAGACAAAAGCACACUGGUGGCGGGCAGUGUGGUGAUGGCGUUUGAGGAGGUGUGUCCGGACCGCAUCGACCUGAUCCACAAGAACUUCCGCAAGCUGUGCGGGCUGCUGGUGGACGUGGAGGAGUGGGGACAGGUGGUCAUCAUGAACAUGCUGACCCGAUACGCACGCACCCAGUUCACCAGCCCCUGGAAAGAGGGGGCUCUGUUCGACGGCAACAAUGCGCAAGCCUUCUAUGACUCUGAUGAGGAGCGUAAGGAGAGCGCUGGAGAGGCCGUCUACAUCAUGGACCCAGACCACCGACUGCUGCUCAGGAGCACCAAGCCUCUACUGCAGAGCAGGAACACUGCUGUGGUGAUGUCUGUAGCACAGCUGUACUGGCACCUGGCCCCUAAGCAUGAAGUCAGCCUCGUCACCAAGUCACUCGUGCGCUUGCUGAGGAGUCAUCGGGAGGUCCAAUACAUAGUCCUGCAGAAUAUUGCCACCAUGUCCAUACAGAGGAAGGGCUUAUUUGAGCCUUACAUGAAGAGCUUCUAUGUCCGUUCGACAGACUCUACACACAUUAAGACACUAAAGCUGGAAAUUCUAACCAACAUGGCCAAUGAAGCGAACAUUUCAACCAUCCUCAGGGAAUUUCAGACGUAUGUGAAGAGUCAGGAUAAAGUGUUUGCCGCCGCCACGGUCCAGGCCAUCGGCCGCUGUGCCACCAACAUCACUGAGGUGGCCGACACCUGCCUCAACGGCCUGGUGCUGCUGCUGUCCAACAGAGAUGAGGCGGUGGUGGCGGAGAGUGUGGUGGUGAUCAAGAAGCUUCUGCAGACGCAGCCCACGCAACACACUGACAUUAUCAAACACAUGGCCAAACUCUUUGACAACAUCACGGUUCCCAUGGCGCGGGCCAGCAUCCUGUGGCUGAUUGGGGAGUACUGUGAGACCGUGCCCAAGAUCGCCCCCGACGUGCUGAGGAAGAUGGCCAAGAGCUUCACUUCAGAGGAGGACAUUGUCAAACUACAAAUAGUCAACUUAGCAGCCAAACUCUACCUGACCAAUGCCAAGCAGACCAAGUUACUGACACAGUACAUCCUGAAUCUGGGGAAAUACGAUCAAAACUACGACAUCCGGGACCGCACGCGCUUCAUACGUCAGCUGAUCGUUCCGAAUGAGAAGAGCGGCCCCCUGGCCAAGUAUGCCCGACGUAUUCUGCUGGCACCCAAGCCUGCUCCAGUGUUGGAGUCCGCCUUCAAAGAUCGAGAUCGGUUCCAGCUGGGCACCCUGUCCCACACCUUGAACAGCAAAGCCACAGGAUACCUGGAGCUCUCUGAUUGGCCAGAGGUAGCACCUGAUCAGUCUGUGCGGAAUGUUGAAGUCAUCGAGCAGAUCACAGAGUCCAUGAUGCCUUCGGUGGAGAAGGGGAGGGCCGCCAAGGCUGACAAGUUUUACUCCGACUCGGAGGAGGAGGAGGAAGAUGGCGGAUCAAAGGACUCCGGCUCAGACGACAGCAAGAGCUCUGGCAGUAGUGAAGCCUCUUCGAGUGAGUCGGAGAGUGAAGAGGAGGAGUCGUCGUCUAGCCAGAGUGGCAGUGGCAGCGCGAGUUCCGAAGAGGAAUCAGAACAGAGUUCCGACUCUGACUCCAGAAAGAAAAAGAAGAAAACCCUUGAACGGAAGAAAAAGCCAAAGAAGGAGAGCAGUGGAAGUGACUCCGAUGAAGAAAAGGAUCAUGGGAAAGGCGAUGCCUCUUCGGAGGACAGUUCCUCCAGCUCCAGUGAGGAGUACUCCUCUGACUCCGAAUCGGACUCUGGGGUGGCACCCGAAAAACCCAGCAAGCCCAAGCCCAAGCCCAAGGCCAAGUCUAAGGCCAAAGUGGUGCAAGAAACAAAGAAGGAGAUCACACUUUUGGAUCUGGAUAUUUUUGCCCCUACUCCAACUAUGCCCACGUCCAACUCCAGUAUCAUCUCCCCCAGUCUGCUGUCCGACCUGGAUGGCCUCUCUCUGUCCAGCACGCCCUCAGCCAUACAGAUUUGUCCUGUGGACUUCAUCCCCGUGUCACAUGAGUUGCUCCACCGGAUGAGCGGUAAAGGUUUGGGGGCUAAGUACCAUUACCCCCGGCAACCGUGUAUCCAUGGAGACGGCAUGGUGGCGGUGGAGCUUAGCAUAACCAAUAGCAGCGAGCGAACGCUAGAGGACGUCCACUUUGGAGAGAAGAGCGGGCAGAAUAUUCACGGCUUUGACAGUAUAGAAAGCCUAGAGGUUGGUGCGUCAGUCACUGCGUCCAUGGGCAUAGACUUCAAGGACUCCACACAAGCAGCCAGUUUUCAGCUUUGCACUAAAGAUGACCAGUUUAGUGUGUCCAUCACGCCGGCUGUAGGGGAGCUGUUACUGCCUGUUACCAUGACGGAGCAGGACUUUGUCAAAGAACAGGGGAAGCUACUUGGAAUGAACGAAAGCUCGGCAACAAUCAACACAACACCAGAAAGCACAUCGACAGACUCCAUCGUCCGAAAGGUGGUAACGGUGGCCAACCUAGGAAUGGUUCCAUCGGACAAAGACACUCUUCUCAGGUUUGCUGCCAAACUGGUGAGCAGUGGUGUGCUGGUACUGGUCAGUGUGGAGCUGAAGGAAGAGACAGCCCAGCUGAGAAUCAACACUGAAAAGACCGUCAUCGGCUCCAUGCUGUUACGAGAGCUCAAGGCCGCCCUGGCCUGACUUGCACGUCCUUAAAGUUACCCACAUGGAAUUUGGUCCAACCCCAACGCUUUCCAAAUCAAUACUACACACUAGGGUGCAUCAAACGCCCCAACGUUUUGAAAAUACUGCUCUGCUUUUGCAGUAUUGUUCCUUUGGAUGAACAUGACUCCCUUGUACAAUAUUAGCAAGUUUGGUCAAUGUUAAAGGGUGCCACAAUAGUCUUGACAUUUUGAAUGGCAGUGAAUUGGUGAUUUUAGGUAAAGAAGUGUGUUUUUAGACUAUUUUGAUCAGAAGUAUUUAGGAGAAUCAUUUGGCAGAAUGCUCCAAUUGCCUUUCCAAUUUCCCAGAAUUUGAAAUCCCUAGUGCACGUUUUUGCAGACCUCCCUUUUGCUAGGUUAAAGCCCCUAUGCACUAACCUUUUCAGCCAUGUUCGAACACCCAUGUAGCUAUCCUUUAGCCAUCUUUUGGGUGCCUGAUGUUCUAGGGAAGUGGAAAGACAAUGGUAGUGUUCUUCCAAAUGGUUUCCCUUCCUAGUUUUGAACCAAACUGCCGUAAUACAAACUUCAGUGAUUUAGCUAAAAACACCCAUUCACUGCUAUUAAAAAUGUCAAGCAUAUUGUGACAGCAUUUAACACCCUUUAAAUUUGCUAGAAAGGAGAUAGUGCAAAGGAACAAUCCUGCAAGAGCAAACUUUUGAUUUUCAAGGGGCGAUGGAUGCAUCCUACUACACGCACACAUUGUCAGUCUCUCACACAGUGGUCGUGUGUGUUCACCUGUCUUCCAGCCUGAUCCAGAUGAAUAUGAAGUAUAAUCAUGAAAUUUGAACUUAUGUGUUCCCCCUCUCUUGCAUACUUUCCCCAGAAUCUAUGAAUGGGGAAGUGAUAUUAUCAUUAUUAUGUGCCAUCAUUUCAAUGUUUUGUUCUUGGUGAAUCAGAAACCGGUCUAAAUAAUUGUAGCUUUAAUCAGUACCUAUGAAGUCAUCUGUAAAAAUCAUCUGCACUUAAUGUUAUUAAUUGAACGUUGGGGUUUAAAAUUCAUUUUAAGAAGCGGUUACUGUUACCCUGCAGCAUUCCAAACCUGUUGUUUUUUGUACUUUAAGUUGUGUUGUUCAAGUGCCUUUAUCUGAAGUAAAUAUGAAUAAUCAUCCUGUGAA